CGGGGGAGCCGGAGGAGGAGCCGCGAGCGCGGGAGCCGGGCCGGAGCGGCGGCGAGCGCGAUGCCGGCGGCGGCGGGGGACGGGCUCCUGGGCGAGCCGGUGGCGCCCGGGGGCGGCGGCGGCGGCGCCGAGGACGCGGCCAGGCCGGCGGCGGCCUGCGAGGGAAGUUUCCUGCCGGCCUGGGUGAGCGGCGUGCCCCGCGAGCGGCUCCGCGACUUCCAGCACCACAAGCGCGUGGGCAACUACCUCAUCGGCAGCAGGAAGCUGGGCGAGGGCUCCUUCGCCAAGGUGCGCGAGGGGCUGCACGUGCUGACCGGAGAGAAGGUGGCCAUUAAAGUCAUCGACAAGAAGAGAGCCAAAAAGGACACAUACGUCACCAAAAACCUUCGGCGAGAGGGCCAGAUCCAGCAGAUGAUCCGCCACCCCAACAUCACCCAGCUGCUCGAUAUCUUAGAGACGGAAAACAGCUACUACCUGGUCAUGGAGCUGUGUCCUGGGGGCAACCUGAUGCACAAGAUCUAUGAGAAGAAGCGGCUGGAGGAGUCUGAAGCCCGCAGAUACAUCCGACAGCUGAUCUCUGCGGUGGAGCACCUGCACCGGGCUGGGGUGGUCCACAGAGACUUGAAGAUAGAAAAUUUGCUGCUAGAUGAAGACAAUAACAUCAAGCUGAUUGACUUCGGUUUGAGCAACUGCGCGGGGAUCCUGGGCCACUCCGACCCGUUCAGCACGCAGUGCGGCAGCCCCGCCUACGCCGCGCCUGAACUUCUUGCCAGGAAGAAAUAUGGCCCCAAAAUCGAUGUCUGGUCCAUAGGUGUGAACAUGUACGCCAUGUUGACUGGGACCCUGCCUUUCACAGUGGAGCCUUUUAGCCUGAGGGCUUUGUACCAGAAGAUGGUGGACAAGGAAAUGAACCCUCUCCCCACCCAGCUCUCUACAGGAGCCAUCAACUUCCUGCGCUCUCUCCUGGAACCAGAUCCCGUGAAGAGGCCCAAUAUUCAGCAAGCACUGGCGAAUCGCUGGCUUAAUGAGAAUUACACAGGCAAAGUGCCGUGUAAUGUCACCUACCCCAACAGGAUUUCCCUGGAAGACCUGAGCCCCAGCGUGGUGCUGCACAUGACCGAGAAGCUGGGCUACAAGAACAGCGACGUGAUCAACACCGUGCUCUCCAACCGGGCCUGCCACAUCCUCGCCAUCUACUUCCUCUUAAACAAGAAACUCGAGCGCUAUUUGUCAGGGAAAUCUGACAUCCAGGACAGUGUCUGCUACAAGACCCAGCUCUACCAGAUAGAAAAGUGCAGGCCCACCAAGGAGCCCUUUGAGGCCUCCCUGGACACCUGGACAAGAGACUUUGAAUUCCAUGCUCUGCAGGAUAAAAAGCCCAAAGAACAAGAAAAAAGAGGGGAUUUUCUUCAUCGGCCAUUUUCCAAGAAGAUGGACAAGAACCUGCCCUCACACAAACAGCCCUCGGCCUCGCUCAUCACGCAGAUUCAGAACACCAAGGCCCUGCUGAAGGACCGGAAGGCCCCCAAGUCCGGCUUCCCUGACAAAGAUUCCUUCGGCUGCCGCAAUAUUUUCCGAAAAACCUCAGAUUCCAAUUGUGUGGCUUCCUCUUCCAUGGAGUUCAUCCCCGUCCCACCUCCCAGGACCCCCAGGAUUGUCAAGAAACCGGAGCCCCCUCAGCCGGGGCCUGGGAGCACCGGAAUCACCCCCAAGGAAGACCCCCUGUUGCUGGAGAUGGUGCGCUCCUUCGAAUCCGUCGAUCGCGAUGACCAAAUAGAACUGCUGUCCCCAUCCCAUCACUACAGGAUUCUCGGCUCCCCGGGGGGCGUGGCUCGCGGGCAUCCCAGUGAGCGGACGCUCUCCCCGGUUCUGCUGCCCGGGAGCUCGUCGCCUCUGCAAACUCCCUUGCAUCCCACCCUGGUCUCCUUUGCUCACGAAGAUAAGAACAGCCCCCCCAAAGAGGAAGGCGUGUGUUCCCCACCUCCGGUUCCCAGCAACGGCACCACGCAGCUGCUGGGGAGCCCGAACUGUGUGAAAAGCCGAGGCCGGUUCCCCAUGAUGGGCAUCGGACAGAUGUUGAGGAAGCGGCAUCAGAGCCUGCAGCCCUCUGCAGACAGGCCCCUGGAGGCCAGCAUGCCCCCACUGCAGCCCAUGGCCCCUGUGAGCCUCUCUUUCGACCUGGCCGAUGGGGUCAAAGGCCAGUGUUAACCUGGGCCCGUGGCAGGAUUCUGGGUUUUUCUAAGGGAAGCAAUGGAACAGAGCUCCACACAUCCGUCAGGGUGUGAAGAUUCCGUGGCCUCAUCUACUCCUGCCACACAAGGUCCCAACUGUGGAACAGCUGAAAUCCACAAACCCAAAGCCUGUACAACACAGUCCUGCGCAGGGACCGCCAGAGAUGCUGGAAUCCACGAGAAGGGCUGGCUGCGGGUGCAGCCAGUUCCAAGCAUUCAUGUCAUUCUUCCUUCCACCUACUCACCCGCCCUCCGCCCACCUCCCUCGGCUGGGCUUGGGGUAAAAACCAUGCAUCAGCCUCUGGGCUACCCAGAUUACAGACUGUGACACGAUCUCUCUUCACUUUGUGCUCUGUGUGUGCCUCUCAGUGGAUUGUUCUCUUUUCAGCAGUCGGCCACGGUCACAUGGGGACUGACUGAGGCAUCACACAGCAGCUCAUCUCGGCCAUGGUUUCUCUUCCUUUCACAGCAGUGAAUCCCCACAGGCCGGCAGGAGCUGGCCAUCCAGGGAGGAGGGCCAGGUGCCCAGAACCUCAGAGGAAGGUGGGCUGGAACCUCCGCCACCAUCGCUGAAAGGGGAAGCUGGGCAAGGACUGAUCCAAACAGUAGGGACCCGAAGGAAAGGAAAAGACCGAAGGGGACACUCAGUUGCCAAGCAAGGUUUUGACAGAUUUUUUUUUCUUUAUUGGCUAAAACUUGCUAACGGUCGAAUUAUCUUCUCCAAAGAUGAUUUCUCUUUAUGUGAUGUUGUUAAAUCGAAGUAACGUAAUUUUUAAAAACCUAGAUAGAGAGACAAGAAGUGAUUUCACCAAACUGAUGUUUUCCCGUGAGGCUAAGCGUGAGAGCAUAAGAGCUCACCAGGGAUGUUUUCAGUGGCUGGUGAACCACGGGAGCCUGCCGGAGGGGCGUGGUCACAGCCGGCCCUGUGCUCUUCCCAUUGCAUCCACAGAGCCCCGAUCCUUCUGGAAGGCGUGGAACAUCAUUACAGUUGGUUAUUUAGAAAGAAGGAAGAUGGUUAUGGUUGAAUUUGCAUGGCAAGAAGACACUGUUACCUCUGUGCAAUACAGUUUUCAAGCUGCCAAGAGAGUAAGUGAGGUUUAGAGAGCUCAGCUAGUUUGCUGGGACCUGGGAGCAGGCUUGCCUGGCCUGGCAGGAGUCAAGUUCAUAACACAACGCAUGUCUUCUUGGAGGAAAGCAGUGUUUCUCAAAUAGGCUUUUGAAUUCGUGUUCUGUUUUCACACCUUUUGUCAAGGAUUGAACCAAAGAUGCGUCUCCGGUUCUGUGUCCAUGCCGUCCAUGUGUGCGUGUUUUGUGGACCCCAGUGUUGUCUGACCAUGUUGAGCUGGAGCCUGCCGGGGGCUGUCUCCACGUGGGGCCUGGGCCCUGGCACUUGGCAGGGACCACUCGGCCGUGAGCAGAAUUGGGGAAGGAAGAAGAAUUAGCACAGGUUGGAUAGCAGUUAGCUCAGGAGACAAGUUACACCACAGCCUGGCAUCUUCAACUGUUGACAAGUGCGGGCGUGACCAGAAACCACUGCUGUGGCCACCCUAGGGCUCGUCCUCUCAGUCCCACUGGUUCCAAAACAGGUCACUGCCCUUGAGGAUUGCAAAGCCUGCCUUCACGUCCAUUGGCAGCCAGCCCGUGCCGGAGAGUGAAGUGGUUCUUCAUCUUUUCUCAUUUCCCAGUGGUGAUUUCCUUCGGCCCCACACGUCUCCUACUCAGCGAGGAGAGAGCAGGUAUUUGGCUGGCCCCAGAAGCCACUGCGGGCGGUGCCCAGUCCUGGCUGACCUUGACAGGACCUGGAGUGUCUGCUUCCCCCUUGAUGAGAUCGCCCAGCCCUAGGGCUUGUGAUGAGGAGGUCAGACUCCCAGCUGUUGUGUUAUUCCUUUGUAGGGCUCCAGACUGGGUUCUGGAACUUUCCAUUGAAAAUAGAGCUUUUUAAGCAGAGAGAAGAAAAGAAGCUUUUCCACACGAGACUCUCUCCAUUUGAUGUGAACUGUUUGAUUUUCGAUGGGUGAAGAAACCUUUUUGAUGGUUUCGAGCUGCGAGUGUCCCGCUCUGCAGGUUUGCGGGCUGUGUUCCUGUGCCUUGUGAACUGCCUCUAGUCCUUGAUGUCUUUUUCUUGUAUCUUACCUUCCUUGACAACGUGAGUGUUUCUGUGUCGCUGUUAGAUGGUCGGAACCUGUUUCCCGUUCCUCGCUUGCUUCAAGAACAGCUGCAGACUAUCAUCCAGCUAACUGACCGUGUCGCCGUUGGUAACUUGAACUGUGACCUCAGGUUUAUUCCGAACCCAGUGAGAGGUGAGGGGGAGUGGGGAAGAGGGGUGAGCUGUAUUUUUGUGUGUGUGAGCACCUGACAAAUCUAUGAAAUCGAGUGAAAGAAGAAAUGUUAAAUUCUUUAUUAUUUUAUUAUAUUUAUAUGGAAAACUUGAGUAUUCUUUGGUAAGUACAAAGCGUGUUAGCUCUUUGACCCAUGACUGUCUCUCAUUAGUCUGAGCCUGUGUUCUCAGUCAGCCUGUAGUUACCCAUGGAAAUGACUGAACUCUUAUUGUGUGAAGUCUAGAAGGAAGUCAAAUUUAAUUGUGCGGUUUGGUCAUAAGUAAGGACUGUAUUUAUGUCACCAUUAUUAAAUAUAUGUACUUUUAUAAUGACUGUGAAAUAUACUUUUCCCUCACUA